AUGACAGAGGACUACGUGUACGCUCCCGGUACCGUCCAUUUAGUCGAUGUCGAUAACGUCCUAGACGUUAAGAAGCAAGAAGGGAAAAACCUGAAUGUUAUCUUGAAUCCUCAGCCAUCAAGCAAUCCAAAUGAUCCUUUGAGAUGGUCACAAAGGAAAAAGUAUUUCCAGUUUGGCCUUUUAUGGUUUUGGGGUUUCAUGUUGGCAGUGCUGGCAAACUUCGGUGGUCCCGCUUAUGAGCCAUGGAUCGAGGACCUCCACACUGAUUACAACCAAUUGAAUAUCGCGGGCGCAUUAUUAUUCUUAUUUCUUGGGCUCGGAUGCUUAUUUUUACAACCUACAGCCAUGAAGGUGGGCCGCCGGUUUGUCUACCUUUUGUGUACAGUGAUUGUGAUGCUCGCUAUGGUUGUUGGUGGUGUCGGUAAGAAUGUCCUGUACAUUCAAGGCUCAUACAUCAUGAUAGGGUUUGCUGCCGCUCCCGUCGACUCCUUGGUGGAAAUUUCUAGUACUGAUGUGUUUUUUCAGCAUGAGCGGAGUACGGCUUUUGCCUUGAUGAUUCUAGCAUUGUACGCGGGAUCUAACUUGGGUCCUGUAGCUGCUGGAUUUGUUGUACAAGCAAUGAGUUGGCAAUGGCUUUUCUGGAUCCAGUUGUUCAUCUACGCUGGCCUCAUAAUCAUCCAGUUUUUCUUCAUGUUCGAUACUACUUUCAAUCGAGACCAUGAUGAAGAGGAUCGAUUGGAAGCUGAAAUCAUCAGCAUAGUGAAGUCGCAUGAGUCGAUGGUCUUGACUCAUGGUAAAGAAACUCGCCAAAAGAGUCCCGAAUACAUCGAUGAAGUCGUGUCGGGAUGUUCAGAUCUGAUUGACCAAACGAUUGAGAAGCGAACCUACAAAGAUUCGCUUAAGUUGAUCGAAACAGAAUACAGCGAUCCACGGUCAUGGUUUGUUAUCUUCUUUCGACCGUUUCUUCUUGUAUCUUUCCCUGCUAUUGUUUGGUCAGGCUUAACUUAUGGCGCUCAGAUUAUGUGGUUGCAACUUAUGGCAGUAACUCAAUCAUUAGUGUUCUCUGCUGAGCCGUACAACUUUUCCCCUAACGGCGUGGGACUUACAAACUUAGCUCCAUUUGUCGGUUGCUGCAUCGGCAUGCUUUAUGGAGGUAAUUACGUUGAUUGGUUGUCCGUUCGCUUAGCAAGAAAAAAUAAUGGUAUCUUCGAGCCUGAAAUGCGGCUUCAUGCCAUGUGGUUACCUUUGUUGACUAAUGCUGGUGGUCUCUUGGCUUACGGACUCGGAUGCAACGCUGGCGUUCAUUGGGCAAUCCCCGUUGUGCUCGGUUAUGGGUGCCUCGGGUUUGCGAUGAGCUCCUCGGGGGCCAUCUGCUUGACGUACGCUGUCGAUUCUUAUCACAAAGUGGGUUCUGAGGCGUUGGUCAUCAUUUUAUUGUUUAGGAAUUUGAUAGGUAUGGCCUUCUGUUUUGCGAUUGACCCGUGGCUACAAGGUUGUGGCUUGGUUUUAACGACCUGGCUCAUGUUCAUGUUAUCAUUGGUUAUUAAUGGUUCUUACAUCAUUAUGCUUUUAUGGGGCAAAAAGUUCAGAAUAUGGACGACUGAUCGAUACCAGAGAAUUAGCGAACCAGGAUUUGGGGAAUUCUGGAAGAAGUGA